UUUCAAAUUUUCAAACCCCGAAAUCGUACCUGAUCCUAUUUUAAAGAUAGAGUAAGUUUACCUGUGGUAAAUCUAGUUGAAAGAUUUACAUUACUUAUUUUCAGUUUAAAUGUGCAUAGGUUCAUGUCUACGCCAGAUAAAGAUCUAGUAGGCCUUGCCAGGCUAGACGUUUAUUUGUACAUUUCACAAUAUCUAAAAAGUCACUUGUAGUCUAGCAGCCAUCAUCUCAACAACACAAAUACCUGUAAUUUAAAAUAAACUCACAAUCCUAAUAUAAAUCACCUUUGACGCAAACAUUUUGGUCCUAUUCAACACUAAAAAACUGAAAUAAUUUUUGUUAAAUUACGAAUAAAAAAGGCUUUGCAGAUAUUUUCAAGUAGUGUUUGACUUGUUUAGAAUGGUGCAAUGGACAAUACGAAAGCUUGUUCUCACGAUGAAAAUAGACGUAAAGUCUGCGGACCUUGCGGUACAAAAAUUUCUUUUGGCAAAAAAAAGCCGAAUAAAUUUCUUAUAAACGAAAAGUAUGAAACAUUGAUAAAGAAAUUUAUAAACAAAGAUUAUGAUUUAAAUAACGAAAAAUACCCCCUUAGCAUAUGCAGAACUUGCUACCUCACACUUUUUGAUGCAAGUAACAACAUUUUUACAAGACCUUUUCCAGACAUGCCAGAUUACAAUAGUUUGGUUUUACCUAAAAGUACUCGCACAUCUAUGGACAGUUGUAAUUGUUAUGUAUGUUUAACAGGCAGAUAUAAAGGUCAUGAGAAAGUAGUAAAGGGUAAGGGUUGUAAACAAAAUUUCGAAACUAAGAUUGAUACAACUAAUGGUCUUUAUGGAUCCUCAAAUAUUGACAAACUUGCAAAGAAAGACAGCCAAAAAAAGGAAAAAACUAAUAUACAAAUAUGUAAAAAAUGCUUACAAGAAAUUGGUAAAGGCAAAAAACAUUCAUGUGAUAAUAUUCAAGGCAAUGCUUUAAAAAUAAUAGAAAAACUUCCUGAUGUCAAGCAAGAAAUCGUUGCGUCAACUAUUAUUAGAACCAAAAUUGAUUCUGAAGACGAUAUAAAUCGACACAUUAAGAAUAAGAAAAUUGAGUUGAGUACGAAGGGUUCUAAAAUGAGAGUUGUUGUUAAUCCUAAUGAAAAAAAGGACAUUACGUUCAGUGAAGAGCGUUUGGAUAAUUUGCGAGUAAACCUUGGCUUAUCCAGUAAUAAAAUGAAAAGCAUUGCUAACUUUUUAAGAUCAAAUGUUGGAAGAAAGUCAGUACCCGUUGACUAUAAGAAGCACAUGUCAGAAAAAUCGAAACUUUUACAAGAUAUAUAUAAAAAAGAUAAAUACUUUUUUGAUUGUGAUGAUGCAAAAAAAGAAGAAAGACCAGUAGUUUACGCAAAUGCGGAAGAACUUUUUGAUGCAGUAAUUAUGGAAAGAAAACUUGAAGGGAAUGUUUGUGUUAAAGCAAUGGCUGACGGGGGCCGCGGAUUUUUUAAAAUUUCUUUAUCAAUAUUUCAAGAAAAUUCUGAUGGUGAUGAUUUUAAUUAUGAUGAUUUAACAAUUCAUGAUAAAAAUCAGAGAAGUCUUUAUUCUGAGGGAGGUAGCGCAAGUAAGAAAGCAAAAUUGAUGAGCGUGAAACGAGUUAUACUACUAUGCAUUGUACCUAAGAUAAAGGAAACGUAUGAAAACGUUAAACUUUUGUUUGACAUCACUAAAAUAAAUAACAUUCCCUUCAAGUUCGUUUCGGAUCUUAAAUUGAUGCUUAUCAUAAAUGGCCAACAGACGGCAUCUGCAAUGUUUCCUUGUCCUUAUUGUUUUGUUUCACUUAACGACUUGAAAGAAAACAAGACAUCUGGACAGGAAGAUGUGCUUUACAAUCAAUGUAGUUCCAAUGCAGAUAAUUUUGAAAGCAAUGUUAUCAAACUGAAAUCAUACGGAGAUUUAAGAAACGAUUAUGAACAGUUCAAUCUUGCUGGUGGAAAUAAGAAAAACAGCAAAGAGUUUCAUAGCACUAUUAACCUCCCUCUAUUUACCGGAAGUGAUGACAUCACUGUGUUAGAAAAAUGCGUAAUUCCUGAAUUACACGUGCUAAUGGGCUUCGUAAACCAUCUGUUUUGGAAAGGUUUAGUACCCCUUUUGGGAAAAGAUAAAGCUUUCAUAUGGCCAAAAAAAUUAAAACUUAUUUCCAAAAACUACCACGGAGAUUGUUUCGAAGGCAAUGCAUGUAGGAAACUUUUAAAAGAAGCUCACAAACUAAAUGAUCCUGAGAUUUAUGAAACUGUGGGAUAUUUAAAAAUCAUACCUUUUACCAAUGCUUUUGUAAUAAUGAAUAAAGUUGUCGAUUGUAGUUUUACAUCUGGAAAAGUAGGACCAGAACUAAACGUUCAUUUGGAUAAGUUAAACAAAGCUUUGAUUGCUUUACAUGAAAUUGAAGACAUCUCAGUAACCUUAAAAGUUCAUGUCUUAAAAACCCACAUUAUGGAAUGUCUUCAAUUCAUAAAACACAAUGAUGGUCUAGGAUAUUGGUCCGAGCAAAGUGGAGAGUCACUCCACCGUGAAUUCUCGCAAACUUGGGAGAGAUAUAAAAUAAAUACAAUCGAAGAUGAGUUAUACUUAGAGAAGCUUUUUACAGCAGUUGUAGAAUUUUCAUCACUUAAUGCAUAA